AUGACUAAUGAGCUGGGUAACAAAGAUAAAAAUCAUGUUGAUCAACCCACUGACAUUGUUAAUAUUGAGGAACUGGCUUCUGAUGAUGUUCCUAUUGGGCAAAUACUGGCUCCUGGCAUUGCUAAAAGAUUGAAGAACAAAAAAGACCAAGUUGUUGGAUCCUCCAACGCUCCCUCCAAAUCUGUCAGGAACAAAGCUAGUGUUGGUCCCACAAAAAGAUGGAGCAAGUUGGUGACUCCUGUAUCUAAGAAGAAGUCCCUAAAAAGGAAGGAAGUUUCCUCUGAAUCUAGUGAAUUUGAUCAUGAUGUCGAACACAAUGUUCAGGACAUCAUCUCUAUUUCCAGAAAGCAAGCCUCUAGAAAGAAGAUACUAGCUAAUAUUCCUAAAGUUCCAUUUGACAACAUUUCUUUUCACUCUAUUAAAAAUGUUGAAAAAUGGAAAUUUGUUUAUCAAAGAAGGUUAGCACUGGAAAGGGAUUUGGGGAAAGAUGCUUUCGAAUGUAAAGAUGUGUUGAGUUUGAUUCAAGAAGCUGGAUUAAUGAAAACUGUAAUAGGUUUUGGAAAAUGCUAUGAAAUGCUUGUCAAAGAAUUUAUUGUGAACAUCUCCAAAGAGUGUGACAACAAAAGAAGCAAGGAGUUCAGAAAAGUAGAGAUUACUGCUAAGCAAGUGAAGGAAUGGCCAAUGAAAGGAAAAUUGUAUGCUAGUUCGUUGAGUGUCAAGUAUGUUGUUCUCCAUAGAAUUAGAGUUGCAAAUUGGGUUCCAACCAAUCACACCUCCAAUAUAGCUACUGGUCUAGAAAAAGAAAAUGAAGACAUGUAUGAUGCAAGUGAUGAGGAAGAUGCUACCAGCAGUGAUGAAGAUUAA